ACUGUCAACUCUACUGUAUAGAGCUCGCGGUAUAGGAAGGGUUUUAUCGAUUUCUUUGUUUAGGGCUUUACAGAGAGAUCGCGACCUUGUUCUUCGUCACAGAGCUUCGAUCAUGGCGAUGACGAGGUCUGCAAAGAACUCGGCAACUCGCUUGCUCUACGCCCUAUGUUCAGAAAACACUCUCAUUUCAUCCCUCUCUUCUUCUUCCUCUUCCUCUCCAUUUGCUUUUCUGGUUCUCGAAAAUGGCGGCCAAAGCCGUAAAUUUUCAUCGUCUAGUGCUUUAGCUAAAUCAAAAGAUGAAAAAGAAGCUUGGUGGAAAGAAACCAUGGAGAAACUUAGAAAUAUUGGUAUCUCAGCACAUAUUGAUUCGGGAAAAACAACUCUUACCGAAAGGGUAUUAUAUUAUACUGGUAAAAUUCAUGAGAUUCAUGAAGUUAGAGGUAGAGAUGGUGUUGGUGCUAAGAUGGAUUCUAUGGAUUUAGAAAGAGAAAAAGGAAUUACUAUUCAAUCUGCUGCUACUUAUUGUACCUGGAAAGAUUAUCAGGUUAAUAUAAUUGAUACACCAGGUCACGUUGAUUUCACGAUUGAAGUUGAAAGAGCUUUGCGUGUUCUUGAUGGUGCAAUCCUUGUUCUGUGUAGUGUUGGUGGUGUUCAGAGUCAGUCAAUUACUGUUGACAGACAAAUGAGAAGAUAUGAGGUACCAAGAGUUGCAUUUAUCAACAAACUUGAUCGAAUGGGAGCAGAUCCAUGGAAAGUCCUCAAUCAGGCAAGGGCGAAGCUCCGUCAUCACAGUGCUGCGGUUCAAGUUCCAAUUGGUUUAGAAGAUGAUUUUCAGGGUCUUAUUGAUCUUGUGCAAUUAAAAACUUACUUAUUUCAGGGUUCUAGUGGUGAAAAAGUUACAAUCACUGAUGUUCCUGCUGAUAUGGAGGCCUUAGUUGCUGAAAAGCGCCGUGAACUUAUUGAAACCGUAUCUGAAGUUGAUGAUCAGCUGGCUGAGGCUUUCCUCAAUGACGAGCCUAUAUCUGCCGAGGAACUUGAUGCAGCGAUCCGCAGGGCUACAAUAGCAAAUAAAUUUGUACCUGUAUUUAUGGGCAGUGCUUUUAAGAACAAGGGAGUGCAACCUCUGUUGGAUGGGGUGCUUAACUACUUGCCGUGUCCAGUUGAAGUUGGAAACUAUGCUCUUGACCAAACAAAAAAUGAAGAAAGGGUUUUGUUAUCUGGAACUCCAGCUGGACCUCUUGUAGCACUGGCAUUCAAAUUGGAAGAAGGGCGUUUUGGUCAACUAACCUAUUUAAGAAUCUACGAGGGUAUCAUUCGAAAGGGUGAUUUUAUUCUUAACGUAAACACAGGCAAGAAGAUAAAGAUUCCUCGCCUUGUCCGUAUGCAUUCCAAUGAGAUGGAGGAUAUUCAAGAGGCACAUGCUGGGCAAAUUGUCGCCGUGUUUGGUGUGGAUUGUGCAUCAGGGGAUACUUUCACCGAUGGUUCUGUUAAAUACACAAUGACAUCCAUGAAUGUUCCUGAACCUGUGAUGUCUUUAGCACUUCAACCUGUUUCAAAAGAUUCCGGAGGACAAUUUUCAAAAGCUUUGAAUCGUUUCCAAAGAGAGGACCCAACUUUUCGUGUUGGCUUGGAUGCUGAGAGUGGUCAGACAAUCAUAUCUGGGAUGGGAGAGCUGCACUUGGAAGUUUACGUGGAGCGCAUUCGCAGGGAGUAUAAGGUUGAUGCUACUGUUGGUAAGCCUCGGGUUAACUUUAGAGAGACGGUUACCAAGCGUGCUGAGUUUGAUUAUCUACAUAAAAAGCAAUCUGGUGGACAGGGGCAGUAUGGAAGGGUUUGCGGGUAUAUUGAACCUCUUGAACCGGGUUCAACCACCAAGUUUGAGUUUGAAAACAUGAUUAUAGGGCAAGUCAUCCCAUCAAACUUUAUUCCAGCAAUUGAGAAGGGUUUUAAAGAAGCCGCCAACUCGGGUUCACUUAUUGGAUUUCCAGUUGAGAAUGUACGUGUGGUUUUGACGGAUGGUGCAGCUCAUGCUGUGGAUUCAAGUGAACUUGCAUUUAAGCUGGCAUCAAUCUAUGCAUUUAGACGGUGCUAUACAGCAGCAAAGCCUGUCAUAUUGGAACCUGUGAUGCUUGUAGAGCUGAAAGCGCCAACAGAAUUCCAGGGUACUGUUACUGGUGAUUUGAACAAGAGAAAAGGUGUGAUCGUUGGAAAUGACCAAGAUGGAGAUGGUGCUGUACUUUCAGCUUAUGUCCCUCUAAACAACAUGUUUGGGUACUCCACCUCUCUGCGGUCUAUGACACAGGGCAAAGGUGAAUUCACAAUGGAAUACAAAGAGCAUUCACCAGUUUCUCAAGAUGUGCAGUUGCAAUUGGUUAAUGCUUUCAAAGGCACCAAAGCUGCAGAAUAGACUAGAGUAGACCGAGCUGUGCCAAAAUCAGAAAAAGCACAUACCUCUAUAUUCAUUUACUCGAUCACGUUAAGUGUUUUUAGGUUUCUAUUUCUCUUCAAUCUUGUGAUAUUUGUCAAAGUAAAAAAUUAGCCAUCUUUAAAUAAUGAAUAAAGAUACUCGAAACAACACAUCAUAACUAUAAUCAUCAUUGUUGUGGAUAAAUUGUGAUAUAAGCUAAUAAACUCGGGUCCUGAUAAAUUUUGAUAUAUGCAAAUAAACUUGGGUCCUGACUCCUGAUUAGCCCUUUUUA